AUUGGUCUUUGUGAGCGUAAUCAUUGUUGCAUAUAUUGGACGCCACAGUAUCCCUUACUUUCGACCAACAAUUCCUCAGGUCGUCUUCUAUUUGUUUACAGCCUAUUGCCUUUGUGUACACUUCAAUUUACUCCAGAAUUUAGAAAGAUCACUUUGCUUUAUUUUGAGUUAUCUUCAGUCGCUCCAGCUGAUAUAUAUUUUCAUACUUUGAUUUCAAUUUGCAUCAAUUGUCACAUCCUGUGAAUAAAAAAAUCAUGGCUAAAGUCUUCAGUCAACACCAACCAUCAUUCUCUUCCCAAAUGACGCAUUCCAAUAACAGCGGCUGUGCUGCACCUUUUUAUACUAGCAGAUCCAGAUUUGGCUUUCCCAGGGCAUCUAAACGUAGCAUCUCUCAAUACAAACGGUAUCCUAGCCGCGUACGGAGGGCUCAAAAAUGUGAUUCAUCACUAGUUGUGUACAGUGGGAGUGAUUCCCAGUCACCUAACAUUAUAAUAAAUGAUACAGUUGAUGUGAGGCAACCGGUUCACCAAUUGUCUUUAAAGGAAUAUCCCUUCUGCAUGCUUUCGGACUAUAAGCGCCCGCGUCCAGAGCACUGUUGUCAACCAAGUGAGAAGUUGGACGAUAUCUCAGCGUCUGCUCCAGCAGCAUGUUUUCUUCGUCAAAAGUGUUUAAUUCUCAGAAAUGGUCAUCGCUUCGAAGUUUCCAAGAUGUGUCAUACACGUAUGUUUUGCAAACUGUCACUAUUCAACAAUGAUCGUCUGCAAGAUCUGCUUUCUAAAGAGUAUACUUAUCAACCAAACAAUGCCUUCCUCUACUACGUGAAUCCAGAAGUAGAUGAUAAAGUAGACGCUGUUCUCCGGAAUGAAGCAGUGAGCAAUCUCCGCUUUAUGCACAAUUCAUUCUUCAAUCUGUCUACAGAAACAUUUUGCAAAGCUGUCAAUCUGAUCGAUCGUUUCAUUGUUAAAGUUAAGGUCAAGCCUAAAUACAUGGCUUGUGUAGCUGCUGCCUCGUAUUGUGCCGUAUGCAAAUUGAACAGUUCAAAUAACAAGGAUGCUAUAUUACCCGAUCCAGAAACACUAGUACAUGUUACUCGUUGUGGUGGUAACGCUGCUGAUUUACUGCGUAUGGAGGAAAUCCUUGCCUCCAAGUUGUCGCAUGAUCUUGAUGGCGUGAAUUCAUUCGAUUUUUUGCAACUUUUCAUUGAUUGCGUCACCAAAUCUCCUAAAGAUAGUGAAUAUGAAUCGAUUGAUAGUGUGACAAGUAUGGACAGUUAUACACCUCGGUCAGAUGAUGAAGAGAACUCCUCUGAAGAAAAAGAUACAGAGACAAAUAUGCCAGCCUCAGGUGUACAAAAAUCAGAUGAGCUGAAAAAGGACACUGUAACAACUCUUCAGAAGGAUAUUACUCGUGGAAGCUUCUUGUACAAACGUUUAGGAGCACUUAUGGAGAUUGCUUUGUGUUCCCUAGAAGUGUAUCGCUUUCGUCCUGCUUGUUUGGCACUCGGGAUAUUGGCUCAAAUCGGCAUAGAAGGCCUUCUACCACUAGCAGAUCUAUGCGGAGUUGAUUGGUUUGAUGUGUGGGAAUGUGCUAACCUUGUCGGUCAACUGUAUGAAUUAUAUUACCAUGAUCCUCUGCCACCUAAUCGCAGGCGACCUGGUUUACCUGUAACCAGACGUAAUUUUCGUGUUGGUUAUUCCAGUCCUACACCAUUAGAUACUAUCUCUGAAGAUUAUGAACCGGUUGAAGAAGAUGAAUGGUUGCUUCCACUGCUGUUCGAACCCUGAUCAAAUUCCACAUAUGUUUAGUUUAUUUGUUGAGAUCUCUCGCGACAGCUGUUGUACAACACCACUGUAGUAGUAAUUUCUCGCCCUUUAUCUGUUUGAAAAUUCAACCUUUUUCAGCAAAUACUACUUACUCAUACAAAUCCACUGAACUCAAGAAAUCAAUAUUUUUAUUUAAUGAUAAUAAUAAUAAUAAUAACAACAACAAAAAUAUCCUUUUUGUGACAGGAGAUCAGAAAAGGAACAUGUUUAACCCCGGUGUUAAGAAGAAUCUAUUUGAAAAUACUGCAUAAUGAUAGGCAACUAAUCGGCUUUCAGAAGAGUGUUCAGUCAUAACUAUCCCCCCAUACCCCCGUCCUAUAUAUUUGUUAUGGUCACCGUUACCUUCUCCUCUGCUUCAUCAUCGUCAUUACAUACAUAAUAAGUAAGCGUUAUGCUGCUUAUCCAACAACAAAAAAUAUUGGUUAAUAUAAAUUUUGCAAAACUCCCUACAAAUCCUUAGUCUACCAUGAAAAGUGUUUGAGAAUUGUUCUCCACUUUCUUAAUUUAAUUUUCUUUUUAUACUACUAUUAUUAUCAUAUAUACAGUCUAUCAUGUGGUGACUCAUAUGCGUUGUAGAGGGAGGGGAAGGCGGUGGUAUGUUGUCAUCUCAGGGAUUGUUUGGUCCUUUCUUUUCUCUUUCCCCACCUCCCAGUCUUAUACAACUCUACGGUUUCUUCACCCCAUCUUUCAAUCAGAUAUGCGUGUGUUUUUAUAUACCUACCAACUUUCGUUUCUGCAUGAUUGUCCGUGGACGUCUGUGUUGUUUAUCUUCUAUCCACGUUGGUAGUUUCACAGGGACUGGAGAAAUCUGGUUCUGAAUACUACCAUCAUCAUCAUAUCGUGCGAUAUAUGUGUAUCUAUAUAUCAGUCUCUUUUUUGUAUGUACACCAGCGCAGCUAUUCAACUUCUCUAGUUGAGUUGUUUACUUCAUUCAACUUUUUCUUGUCAUUUUCCUCGGAAAGUAUAUGUGUAUAGCCGUUAUCUGGUUCUUGUCGCUGCAUUUUGGCUCUGUGCAACAGUGUGUCUUUACACCUGUGUUAUAUUCAAACAAAAGUGAUGACCAGUAGUUCAACUCACAUUCUUUCUACCGCACACGGUGUACUGUGUCGGUAAUGAUCAAAUCAAGCUGACACACAAGUAGUUGUAUUUGUAUGCCGUCCCCAUAUGUUGUGAUUAUUAUUAUUAUUGUUCUUUUUGUUUCUUUUAUUGUACGUGUGUGUAUGUGUCUGUGUACACACAGUUUUCCAAGUCAUGCAUCUAUACUUUCAUAUGCUUUCUUUUGUAUAUUCUCUACGCAGAUCAAGACGUUGUUCAGUGAAUUAUAAAUAUAUUAUAUUGCCCUUGUAGUAGAGCAUUCUUUAAAAGACAAUAUGCAUUUCUUAUCCAUUCACGCUUCUUUAAGGUCUUUCCGUAUGUGUGUGUGUUCAGUCAGCUUUCUGAACAGAUAUGUCUUCGUUACUACAUGUGUAUCUGUUAGCUGGCUGUACACAUUAUAUGUACUCCUUUUGAAACACCAGUGCGUUCAAAGGUUUCUUAGACAGUCAAUCAGUGAACUGUUUGUUACAUUCACGUAAUAUACACAUCACUUCAUGUUGCUUUGGUCACUUGCUUUUCUGCCUCACUUUUUAGAAGAAAUAAACUUUUUUCUAAGUUAAUUUUUCGAAGGGGGUAUUUCAUUCUCUUACAGUAACAGUAACACUUUUCCACAUCUAUCUAUCUGUCAUAUAACUGUGUUGCAGGUUCCUCUUGAUUUUCAUUUUUCUAGUUGUUUUGGUCGUUAUUUGUUUGUUUAUUUUUUUUCUCUUUUUGCUUUGAAGGUGUUUCCUUCGUCAUUCAUGUGUCCAUUGAGAGGGGUUUGUCUCUGUUUAUCUUGUUAAGUGAGUAGUAUUCGGAGGUGUUAUAACAUGUUAACGUUUGUUUUCACGAAAUAGAAAAGUAUAUCUGAUAUUCAUG